CAGAAUUGAGAUUUGGAUACUUUAUUAGAUGACCUUGCCAAUUCCUGUUAUGAUAUUUGAAUACCAUCAAUGCAAGUUGAUUGCAGUGUUUUGACUUGACAGUCUGCCCUUGUUUUAUUAGGAAACAAAGCUUUGUGGCCCUACUUUUGUCCCUCCCCAGCAUUCCCAUAUCACUGGUAUUUGUAUUUGGUGCUGGUAUUUGUAAAGACCCCCACACAGGGAUUACAAAGUUAUAUAGGUUUUAGCAUAUGAGCAAUAGAAUCACAGCCCACUGAUUUGUUUUAAAACUACAAUUUGCAUUUUAUGAUUUUUAAAUCACAAAGAAGAUUUUUAAAAUAGUUAUGUUUAUAUAAUGCUCUACUUGCUGAUGAGUUUAUAGCUUAUAAUAUUAAUUAAUAGUGCUUUCAUUGCAGCUUCUCUCUCUCUCUUUUUCAUAUCAAGGGUUUUGUGCAGUGGUUAUUUUAUAAAGCUUUCCAAAGAACGAAACAUUUUUUUACAGGAUGAAAAUAUUCUCUCUGCCAUUGAGCAUUUGUUUUAUUGUGUGUCUAGUGCUGCAGAAUUUCUUUUUUGUAUGUUCUGACUUGGUAGGUAUUGGCUUUGGCUUUGAAAACGGUUAAGAAAUCUUUUAGCUUAUCCAUAUCUUUAUCUGAAUUGUAUACAUCAGCCUUGCUAAGAAACCCCAAACAGGUACCUACACAUUUUACCUACCCCUUAAUUUAAAACUUUGACACCAGGUGGAUUCUCCAGUUGUGCCUUUCUAUUUCUCUCAUCUUUCAGUGCUCUGGCCUUACUUCACUGGGUUCUAUACUCCUUUUCCACCAUGAAUAUUUACUGAAUUCACUUACCGAGCUCUGUUCUAAAGGAUCGUGAUAUGCUCUAAAUAAAAGGUGAUCUCUUUGGAGUGACAAGUUCCUAAGUAAUUACAUUUAAUAGUGUGUGAUUAAUCCCACAAUGGAGAGAGGUACAAAAGACACUGGUGGCGUAGGAUUCUUAAAAGUCACUUAUGCUUGGGAGAUCGUAGAGACUGAGAGAAUGGAAUAUUUGAACCGCACUCCUAGCUAGUAAAAGGGCAGGGGACCUGGGGGAGAGUCUAGGCAGAAGGAAGAGAAUGACUUACUUGGAACCAUUGCUGGCCCAGAGACUUGCUGGUCAUCUUCAUUUCUUGCUUUCUCCCUCCUAAGUGAUGUCAUCAAGCAUAAUCCUGCCAUCAGCUAUAAUAUUAUGCUGUAUUUUGAACAGAUAAUUUGAGUUAGGUUUUCCAUUCAAAAGGAAUAAAGAGCCACCGAAGACAGGUCAUUAGGGAGCUAUCUGGCUGUAUUUGGCUUUGCACGUCUUUGAGUAGACCUAAAUCUGCUCCGGGGGUCAUGUACGUCUCUUUGUCUGUCUUAGUUCUUCCCUUCUUACCUCAAGACUUACUGUAAAUAAAAAGCUGCUUUGUUUGAGGUAUUUUUAUUUUGGAGAGUGUUAUUUUCUCAAAAUUGAUUUAGUUGUGGCUAAGGGGAAAAACUGAAGAGGCAGCUGUCAAAGAUUUUAUUUCUGAAGAGGUUCAAACUCUAGAAAGAAAAUUACUUUCGAAAGAAGUCAUUUAGCUAUGAGUCUUUAUGUGCUUGAAUUUCAUCCUCAAGAACACUUAUCUUGGAAAAUGACUUGACUGGUCAAAGGAAUCAUUAUAGGAAGAAGGUGGGAACAGGCAUCAGGUUAAAACAUUUCAAUUACGACUGGGAUAAAAGAAACUAUCAAAAGUUGGUCCUUUAAAAGGAUCCCUCGAAGAUGUUAGCCACCAUUAAAUAAAGAUGAUCAUUUGAGAAAUUCCAGUUUUCAAUUUGAGAAAUGGUUACCAUAAAUCUGACCACUAUUGUGGAGAGAACUUACGUAUGUGGUUCUCUCACCAUUGUGUGUGUCAUGAGGCUUGUGACCGCAUACUUUCCACAUGGGGUGUCUGGUCCCUGCUAGUGUUUUAAGUCACACUGAAAUAGGAUGGCAGGAACCCCAUUAAUAGCCACACUUUUCCUCCGCUCACCACCUCCUCUGCUUAUUAUUCCUGUCUUUCUAGAGCUCAUUUCUGUGGCAGAAAGAGUAAGAAUAGCUUUCCCAGUCCUAAAUAUGAAAUAUUUAAUAGAAGGCUAUCUCCCCACCUUCCGACUCGAGAAGUCUUUUUUAAUCAGGACUCUGAAUCACAGCCUUGCCUUUGGCAUGAGAAGGAAGUAACAGCGUCUCGCGUGAGUUUUCGCCGCCAGACCAGCGUGCAGUCGACCACUUCCCCUUGUUGUCGCUGCUGUGACUUCCCAGCAGUUGUGGGUCAUGGUCGUGACUGUAUGAAGGCAGUGGAACCUUUCCAGAAAGAAAGGUCUCAAAUUGGGUACAACCUAAGUCAGGAGCCCCACCUCUCCUACAGACGCAGAGAAAUGAUGAAGGCGGCCAUUUGGAGACAGAGCGCACACACCUUAUUCGUCCCGGCAGGGAUACACUUCAGAAAAUAUAACCCUAUUUUUAUCUGUACAUAUUGGAAUUAUUUUUACUUGGCAUCUAUAGCAAAAAUAGAAAAUCAGUAAUCCUGGGGAUCUUGGUUGGCCCAUUAUUCACGUUAAAAAUUGCAGAGACUUCGUGUUUAUAAAACUUUCACUUCAGAAUUCAUCUGCUAGAGAAGUCCUUUUCCCACCCCAGUCCAAAGCAGAAAUUUCCCCGGAGGCCCUGGCAAUUCCCCGGGGCCCGGCCGCCUUGCGCAGCCGCGGUAGUGGGCCGCUGGGCCCGCCGACGCCACGGCCCUGCGCAGCCGCAGUAGUGGACUGCGGGGGCGCCCAACCGCCACGGGCUUGCGCAGCUGCAGUUGCAGGCGGAGGGCACGUUUAACGGUCACCCGCGGCUUUCCAUCCCGCCUGGGAGCUUGUCUGGCGCUUCCCUCCUUUCUCCCUCCACUUCUCGAGUGAGUGGCCAUGAGUCGGGCCAUGGGAGUCCUGCGGGCCAGCCGGAGAGUGGGCGCCGGGAGAGUGAAUUGGCUGUGUCCCCGCCCGGCGGCGGGCCUCCCUCUCACGGGCGCUUGGGCCGUGCCCCCCGUGUGCAAGAUGGCAACCGUCAGGUGUGAGCUUAUCAAGAACUUCGCUUCCGAGGAGGCCGUGCCUCACAACAAGGUCUCCAUCAUCGGAACCGGAUCGGUUGGCAUGGCCUGUGCUAUCAGCAUCCUGUUAAGGGGCUUGACCGAUGAACUUGCCCUUGUGGAUGUUCAUGAAGACAAACUGAAAGGGGAGACGAUGGAUCUUCAGCAUGGCAGCCCCUUCGUGAAAAUGCCAGCUAUUGUGUCCAGCAGAGAUUACCGCGUCACUGCAAACUCCAGCCUCGUGGUCAUCACCGCAGGGGCACGCCAGGAAAAAGGGGAAACACGGCUUAAUUUAGUCCAUCGAAAUGUGGACAUCUUUAAAUUAAUGAUUUCCAGUAUUACCCAGUAUAGCCCUCGCUGCAAAAUGAUCGUUGUUUCCAACCCAGUGGAUAUACUAACUUACGUGACCUGGAAGUUGAGCGAAUUUCCCCCAAACCGUGUUAUUGGAAAUGGUUGUAAUCUGGACACGGCCCGUUUCCGUUUCUUGAUUGGGCAGAAGCUCGGUAUCCACUCUGACAACUGUCAUGGGUGGGUCCUGGGAGAGCAUGGAGACUCGAGUGUGCCUGUGUGGAGUGGAGUGAACGUCGCUGGUGUCCCUCUGAAGAAUCUGAACUCAGACAUAGGAACUGAUCAAGAUCCUGAGCAGUGGAAGAAUGUCCACAAAGAUGUGGUCGCUAGUGCCUAUGAGAUUAUUAGAAUGAAAGGUUAUACUUCUUGGGCCAUUGGCCUAUCUGUAGCUGAUUUAACAGAAAGUAUUUUGAAGAAUCUUAGAAGAGUGCAUCCAGUUUCCACAUUAGUUAAGGGUCUCUAUGGAAUAAAUGAAGAAGUAUUCCUCAGUGUUCCGUGUAUCUUGGGAGAGAAUGGUAUUACAGACCUUAUAAAGAUAAAGCUGACCACAGAAGAAGAGGCAUGUCUGAAGAAGAGUGCAGAAACGCUUUGGGAAAUUCAGAAAGAGCUCAAGCUUUAAAGUUGUUGGAAACUACCUUUCUGAAGUUACUGAAGGGAUAGUAGUUACAGGGUUUUGUAGGUCA